AUGAGCUCAACUUCACUAUCUGAUCAGUCCCCGUCAUGUGGUAAAAUCCUCAUGUUGCAUGGGCACGGCCAAUCUGGACAGUUUUUCCAAUGCAAAACUCGAUUUAUGCGACAGUAUAUAGAGCAAACCGUGCUCAAAACCCUGCAGCAGGACAGUACUCGCCAAAUCAGCAGGAUCGAGUUCCAUUACCCUUCAGGUCAACUGCCAGCCGAUCCGGAAAAUUGGAAUGAAGACGACGACAUGCGGGCAUGGGGUCAUGGAGACCCAGAGACAGAGCAUAUCGAAGGUCUUGAGGAGUCCGUCCAAUAUAUUUCUGGUAUUCUUGAGAGACAUGGCCCUUUUAUCGGGAUCAUGGGAUUUUCAACAGGCGCCACCAUGGCUGCUAUUGUCACAUCCCUUCUCGAAAAGAGGAGAUCGAUCUGCAACUUCAAUAUUACACGAGAUCACCCCCCGAUGGAGUUUGCUAUUUGCCUGAGCGGUUUUCAGCUGGCACAGCCUGAGUAUGCGCCGAUAUAUUAUCCCAAGAUCGAAACUCCAAUACUUCAUGCCAUAGGAUCUUUAGAUCCAAUGAUUGAUCCAUCUCGGUCCUUGUGGUUGGCAAAGAAUUGCGCUAAUGCCGAGAUUUACCAAUUCUGGGGAACUCAUUAUGUUCCUAGAACGGGAGACUUCUUGGAGGUUGUUGGCCAAUUUAUUGAAGGGAUUUUGAUUGGCAGCGAUGAUGAGGAUGAUUGGGAGUAUUGCGAUGAUAACUAG